AUGUUACUUCGGCAUUUAGGAACAAUCUUAUCUCCACACGAAUCUAAAAAACAAGAAACCGCGAUUGCAUGGUCACCGGACAAUUCGAAAUUAGCAGCGACGUCAGCGAAUUGUACGGUUCACCUAUUCGACAGCAAGUGCGCGAAGAAAGAUGAAUUCUCAACAAAAGCUCUGAACGCUCGGAAUCAUACCAUAAAAGGUCUAUCGUUUUCGCCCGAUUCCACGAAACUAGCGGUAGGUCAGACGGACGGUUUCGUCAAAGUCUACAACAUCGGCGAACAAUGGGAGAAGAAAAGCCUAGAAUUCGAGCUUCACCAAGGCUCAUCGGUGACUUGCCUCGCGUGGCCAAGCGACAAAUUGAUAGUUGUCGGUCUGGAGAAUGGCAAAAUCAAUACGGUCGCGAUAACGAGCAGAACGAUAGCAGUGCUAUGCGACGCUAAUUCAACGACGAUAGCACUAGCCAUCAACCCAAGAGUAACGGGAAUGCUGUCAAGUCACUCGGAUGGUAAAAUCAAUCGUUACCACAUCACGGAAACGGGUACAAUCGAAUUCUUGGGCAAGGUGAUUGUUCACUCCGUAGCCGCUCAAGCACUUGCCUGGACUCAUCACAAUUAUAUACUAGCUGGUGGUCGUGAUAGUAGACUCGUAUUCUACGAUUCCCGUGGCAAAACUCAUCAAGUCUUCAGUUACUGUGGAAACCUCACUGCUAACGGUAUCGUCGUGGCUUGCUGCAGUCCAAAUGGUCAUAACGUGGCGAUUGGCACGUGGGAUGGUAUGAGGAUACUCAAUUUGAGUCCGAGAACUACGUUGUGGGAGGAUACGGUUUUAACAACUCUACCCAAAGGAGGUGCUGCUAUAGCCGUAGCCUGGCGACGUGAUGAAUCGCAAUUAAUCGUCGGAGAUUCGAAUGGCGGAUCGAUCGAGCAAUACGAAGUGACGUUGCGCUCACCUUCGACGUUUGGUACAAUAGGCUACGAGGUACUGUACAUCGAACCAACUCUGGCUAUCGUCAGUUCACUGGGCGAUCAGUGCUCGAAGCCUAUUGUCGUAAGAUCGCGAGCUGGUCACGAAAUCGAGGACGUUAAGUUGCUCGGCAAUCACGUGAUUGCCCGUACUAGUGCUACUUUGAUCAUCUGCGAUCUCAACUCCGAUUUGGCCAGCGAGAUCUCACGGGAUAAUGAGAAAGACAUAGCGAAAGAACAGUUGUCUGCCGAGAAGCUAAUGCAGAAUACAUUAGGAUCUUGCAAGUCUAGCGUUACUUUGCCGAGGCAAGUUACGGCUUCGGUUUCUUUCUAUGUCGAACACAAGAAUGGCAUUUCACCAAAAACUUGCAAUAUCGGCGAUUUAGACAGAUCAGGUAAAUCUACGUUGAAAAAUAAAGAGAACGCCUCUGACAACUCGUUGUCGCCAAGUUGCCCCGAGAUUAGAACCAAAAACGAGCGCUCGCCUACGGAAAAUACGAACGACGUUGAAGCAAAGAAAGACCGAGUGACGAACAGACCAAUGAAUAAAAGUAAUCUGGUGUACUCGACGAUCGGCGGUGAUGCAUUUUCUAGUAGUAACUCGUCGAUCGUUAGAGACAAUGAGAAAGAUAAAAUUAUCAAUAUUUCAUCGAACAAAAAGACUUGCAUGUAUACAACGGAAGAUUCGACGCGUUGGACGUUGAGCACGGAUUCGCGCUCGUCCAGACAUGUUUCUGAAAACGAAGCAGAAACCGAUACGAAAUCUUCAAAGAAGACUAGACAGCGUCAAAUUUAUACGGAAACUGCGGGGCUAACAUCACCUGGAUCCUUCGUCCAAAGUAUCAAUGAGUUGUCGAUUGCCGAUUGGGAUAAUAAUGCAAAGAAGAAGGAUUGCUCCGAAAAGGUGGAUCGUGGCAAUUGUGAACAUUCAGACGGUAGUUUCCAUGAUUGCUCAAGAUGCAACGACGUUUACAAACUUUGGAAUCAAACGAAUAGCAACAAUGGGCAUUCGUUAAGUAUAAGUUCAACGCCGGACAUCCCAUUAGUCGAACUCAGUGCUUCUUCACCGAUUAGAUUUACGAGACAAUAUACGCCUGAGGAAUUACGAGGUGAUUUUUCAUUGCAACUUGCUGUUAUGGCUUCGUUGUCACCUGGAUUGCAACGAGUUCUGGAGAAACAAGCGAUGACUGCUGAGAAGAGUUAG